AUGUCUCAGUAUUAUAACCCACCUACCCUCUUUCGUGCGCCAGUGUCUGUACGAAAGAUGGUCAAGAUACUCCAAGACCCAGCCAUAUUUGCAAGUGUUGCGGCUAUAACAGUCGUAGGUAGUCUUGGUACUUGGUUUUACUAUUUUAGGAAACGACCCACUCGAGUUUUAGACCAACACACGACCAAAGAGUUCAAGCUACAAGCAAUUACACCUACUAGUCACAAUACCAGCAUAUAUCGAUUUUCUCUACCUCGGCAGAAUGAUGUCCUCGGAUUACCUAUUGGCCAACAUAUUGUAUUAACGGCAAAUAUAAAUGGAAAGGAAGUCUCUCGAAGUUAUACGCCUAUCACCAGUGAUGAAGAAAAAGGUUAUUUUGAAUUGCUUAUAAAGAAUUAUCCUAAUGGAACAUUGACACGACAUAUCUCCAAAAUGAAAGUGGGUGAUAGGAUUGGAGUUCGAGGUCCUAAAGGCGCAUUUAUUUAUUCUCCAAAUAUGGUUAAAGAAAUUGGAAUGGUUGCAGGCGGUACUGGAAUUACACCAAUGCUUCAGAUCAUAAAAGCCAUUUUACGCAAUCCAGCAGACAAAACCAAAAUAUCGCUCAUCUUUGGUAAUGUCACUAAAUCAGACAUCCUGUUAGAGGAAGAGCUACAGGGAUUAGUGGAGCAACACCCGGACCGUUUUAAUGUGUAUCAUGUUUUGAAUGAACCUCCCGAGAAUUGGAACCAAGGAGUUGGAUUUAUUACAAAGGAUAUACUAGAGCAAAGAUUACCAAAGCCCUCGAAUGAUGUCAAAAUUCUUGUUUGUGGACCACCACCGAUGGUGAAGGCAGUAACAAACGCUACAACGGAUUUAGGAUAUGAACCACCUAGAACAGUGAGUAAAUUGACGGAUCAAGUGUUCAAGUUUUAG